CGCCCCCUCCCCGAGCGCGGAGCGGCCCCGGCGGCGCAAAAUGGCCACGGCUCUGCACAAGCCCCUCAAAUGCCUGGGGGAGGAGUUCUACCGCGAGGCGCUGGAGCACUGCCGCAGCUACAACGCCCGGCUCUGCGCCGAGCGCAGCCUCCGCCUGCCCUUCCUGGACGCGCAGACCGGCGUGGCCCAGAGCAACUCCUACAUCUGGAUGGAGAGAGCGCACCGCCGGCCCGGCCUGUCCCCUGGUCAGAUCUACUCCUACCCCGCCCGCUGCUGGCGCAAGAAGCGGCGCCUGAACAUCCUGGAGGCCCCGCGGCUGCGGCCCUGCUGCGAGGCGCCGCUGCGCCGUGAGGGGGCGCUGCCCGAGGGGCCGGUGCUGGAGGCGCUGCUGAGCGCCGAGACCCCCGAGAGCCGCGACGAGGACGGGGCGCCCGACGGAGCGAAGCCGCCUCCCCCCGAGUUCCCGCACGACCCCGACGGGGAGGAGCCGGACGAUGACGCGCCCCGGAGGAAGAGCAAGGCCAAGGGCAAGGGUGGUUUUGGGGCGAUUUUCGUGCGUUUUCCCCAUUUCCUGCCGGUUUUGGGCGCGGUUUUUCGGGGUGGUUUUUCCGGGGUCCCACCCAGGAUUUGGGGGUCCCCUGUCACCCCCCCAGGCCGCCCCGCCCCCCCCGGGCCCCCCCCCGAGGGCCCCUGCGACUUCUGCGCCGGCGGCCCCAGAGCGCGCGGCAGCGAGGAGCCGCUGAUCGCGUGUGCCGACUGCGGGCGCGCAGGGCACCCGUCGUGCCUGCAGUUCUCGCUGGCCAUGGCGGCGGCGGCGCGCUCGUACCGCUGGCAAUGCAUCGAGUGCAAAUCCUGCAGCCUGUGCGGCAGCGCCGAGAACGACGAGCAGCUGCUGUUCUGCGACGACUGCGACCGCGGCUACCACAUGUACUGCCUGAGCCCGCCCAUGGCCGAGCCCCCCGAGGGGAGCUGGAGCUGCCACCUGUGCCUUUCUUGGGUUUCCCCCUAG